UCAAGAAAGUUCAAAGCAAAUUCACAAAAGAAAAUGGCUGCGAAAAUAGCGAUAAAUUACUGAAAAAUAACCCAUAAAACCUAAGCUAUGCGGGCGGAAUAGGGCCCUUGGAGACUCCUGCAUGAGUAAGGUAAAAGCAAACAAUCACCAUGGAGCAGAAAUGGGAGAAAAUUCUAGCUGUAGCGAGGAAACACAGGGAAAAACAAGUGAAAGCGAAGAGAACUCGAUAAACAAACGAGAAUGUGAAGAUAACAGUUGCGAGAAAGAAGAAAAACCGCCGGCUACGAUGGCAGAAGAAAGGCAAGAGUGCAGCAAAGAGGAAAAAGAAGAGACAGGACAGGAGAAUAAGAAAGAAGAAGAAAAUGAAAAAGAGAAAGAAGAAAGGGAGAGAAAUGAUGUGAUGAAGAUAGUGAAUGAAGCUCAAGAGCAGAUCAAUACCAAGCUGCUUUUAAGAAGCAAGAAUUUAGCAGCUGCAGGUUCUUCCUCAGACACUUCCUUGAAAGGACUAGAUUCCUCUGUCAAGAAAAACUCUGCUUUCAUAAAGAAGUUGCGCACUGUCACUGAACAACAGCGAGAAUCUCUUACUAAUGAGUUCAAUGGAUUGAAUCUGUCUAGAUACAUCCAAGAAGCUGUUACCUCAAUCAUUGAAGGGUUAGGGAAGCUGAAGCAAGCAGAUGUCAACUGUGUGGCACAUGUUUGCAGUAUCAUCCAUCAACGAUAUUCAGAGUUCUCAGAUCUCCUUCGAAAAGAACUUUUCAAAAUGUUUGAAAAAUGUGGUGGGAAAGAUGAAGAGCGUGCAGCAAAUGUGUCACGCUUUAGAGUAACACUACGGCUUCUUGGCGAACUUAUACUCGAUGGUGUAUUCUCUCUGGAAGAUAGCGUCAAGUCGAUAAGAGAUAUCCUCAGCAAUGUCAUCAACUGUGACAAGGACAGCCAUGUAUAUGUGCAGGUGGUUAUUAGUUUUGCUCGGCACUGUGGAGAACAUUUUGCUGGUGUGUUACCAAGACGACAGAGACAGUUUGUAGAGAAGCACAAUGUUAUCUGGCCAAGUACUGGAGUCAUUCCUGCUGAGGCCCAGAGUGCUUUUUGCACACUUCUUCGAAAUUAUUACUCAUCACUUGCUAAACACUUGUUGAAAGCACACAAGGAUUUGCAGAAUAGGGAGAGACAGAAUCGGGAAAUUCUUCAUACAAAAGGAGAGCUUCAUGUUGAAAGGAAAGAAGCCCUGGAAAGAGCUCAAAAAGCUUACGAUAAAUUGCUAAACAGCACUUCUACUUUAGCUGAUGUUCUUGAUGAGGAAAUGCCUGAACUUCCUGCAGAUGAGUAUUCCCAACAAGGUGAAAGUGGAAGCACCAUUGAUAUCUUUAAUCCUUUUAAGAAUAUGGAGUAUGAUGGUGAAAGUGGUAUAUGGGAGGAUGAAGAUACUAGAGUGUUUUAUGAAAACCUUAAAGAUUUGAAGGCAUCUCUGCCUGGGAUCUUGUACAAAGAUGAAAGCAAAAAUUCUAGCAGUGAAAGUUUAAAUGAAGAAAAAAAUACUAAGGAGACCAACAAAGGACAAGAUGAAAUUCUUGAUGAUUUAGAAGAGACUCUUGAUAUUGAUGAAGACUUUGAAGACAAGGACAAUGAAGACAGUUCAGAUGAGUCCACGCCUGAAGGUGGUACUGUCAUUACCAGUAGUACUGCUGCACUAGAAGCCUUGAUCCUGAAACUGCCGACCUGUGUUAACAAGGACAUGAUAGAUGAGAUUGCUAUGGAUUUCAUGCUGUCAUGCAACACCAAAAAGAAUCGUAAGAAACUUUGCCGAUCACUGUUUAAUGUUCAGAGGACAAGACUUGAUCUUCUCCCCAUGUACAGUCGUCUGGUAGCUACGCUUGACCAGUGUGUUAAUGAUAUUACACCUGAAUUAGUGAGACUACUGAAAGGAGAGUUCAAACAUCAUUUAAAGAAGAAAGAUCAGAUUAACUUGGAGUCCAAAAUCAAGACCGUGCGGUUCAUUGGAGAGAUGACAAAGUUCAAGAUAUUCCCAGUAGCGGACACCUUAUUUUUCUUAAAGCUGUUACUAGAGGAUUUCACACAUCAUUACAUCGAGAUGGCUUGUAACCUACUGGAGGUGUGUGGUAGAUUCUUGUACCGCUCUCCUGACACGCAUAUCAGGACCAAGAACUUUCUGGAGUUAAUGAUGAGGAAGAAAACGGUUCAGAAUCUUGACAGUCGUUACCUAUCGCUUGUGGAUAAUGCCUUCUACUACUGCAACCCUCCUGACAGACAAAAGUACGUAAUGAAGGAGCGUCCUCCAAUGCAUGAGUAUAUCCGUAAAUUGCUGUACAUGGACCUUUCAAAGACAACCACUGAAAAGGUUUUUCGUCAAAUGAGAAAGUUGCCCUGGGAAAAUACUCAGAUUGCACUGUAUGCCAUCAAGUGUCUGAUUCGUAUCUGGAAUGUCAAGUACAACAGCAUACACUGUGCCGCCAACCUGCURGCUGGAUUAGCAAUAUAUCACGAAGAAGUAGGACUCUUUGUUGUCGAUGGAAUAUUGGAGGAAAUUCGUCUAGGAAUGGAGCUAAAUCACCCWAAGCUAAACCAACGUCGGUUGUGCUGCGUCAAGUACCUUGGGGAGAUGUUCAACUAUCGAUUAGUAGAGGCCAACGUCAUCUUUAACACUCUCUACUCCUUUAUCACGUUUGGCAACACAGAAGAUGGUUCUCCGUCUGAGCUUGAUUCUGCAACACAUCUGUUCCGUAUUCGUAUGGUAUGCACACUCCUCGAUACCUGUGGCSAGUAUUUCGACCACGGCAGUUCUAAGCGCAAGCUGGAUUACUUCCUGGUCUACUUUCAGUUGUACAUACUCCGGAAAAGAGCAAACCCAGAAUGGAACGAGUAUCAUCCAUUCCCAAGAGACUUGGAUUAUAUGGUUGCUGAUACGCUGGAGCUACUUCGACCUAAGCUACGUCCCUUGUCCACGCUAGAGGAGGCAAUGGAGAAAGUCGAACAGAUUCAGAAAGAUCAUCAAGAACAACUCGAGAAAGUUUUAGUAAGUGACAACCAAGAAACAGAAAGUGAUAACCCAGAUAGCCUUCGAACCAACCCCAUUGCCGUUCCUGGGGUAGCAAAAGUUGCAUCAACAUCAAACUCUUUGAGCAACUCACCAUGUCAGUCCCCGAGGCUACGUGAAGAAUAUGAACCGAGUGAAUCUGGAGAGAGCGAACAAGAUGUGGAAGAACGUGACAACAUGGAGGAAGGAGAUGAUCUUGAUGAAUAUGAAGUUAUAGAGAUGGAUGAUGAUGAUGAUGACGAUGACGAUGAUGACAAUAUGUCCAAGGUCAAGGUUCUCAGCCCACCUAAAAGUGAGCCCACUGCGGAAGACCUGGACUUCGAGAACAAGUUUGAACGGYUGAUGAUUGAUGAUCUUCAGUACCGACGGGGCGAAAGUCUUAAGGUACCCAAUCUAGAUAUAGCAGUACCCAUGCACCUCAAAGGCCAAGGACGAAAAAGCGCGCCCUCGCCCAAAGAAGACGAGAGCGUUAACUUCGUACUGAUGUUACGUAAAGGAAACAAGCAACAGUUCAAGGACUUUGAGGUACCCAUCUCGUCCAACCUGGCAUCUACUGUCAGGCAGAAGCAAGUAGCAGAACAGGCUGAACAAGAGGAGCUGAAGCGGUUGGUGUUAGAUUACAACCAAAGACAAGAAGAGGAGACGUACAAUGAAAUCAUGUCUCAGCAACGUCAAGGGAGCGAUUUUGUUGGGCGUGGUCAAUACCAUCGCCAAAAGAAGCGCCCCCCUCCYCCCUACAAUGGUAGCACGGACACCGCUGGAGGAAUGUUCCCUAACAUGACAAGGAAACGUUGAUGUGCCGGUAAUCUUGGUGUACCUCCGCUACACCUAAAACUUCACAGAUUACUCUACUCCUCAAGCUCCAAGCUGGUCAUGACCCAUGGUUAUCUAAUCGCAGAGGGCAACUCUCGAGCUGACCCUGUCACGCCCAACAUCUGAGACGUUUUGAAGGAACGUUUUUAAACCGUAGUUUGUUUACGUUGCGAUCAAACUAGGGAUGGUUUUAAAGGCUGAUGGCCUAGAUUGUUUAAWGAUAUAUUAGUACGAUGCAGUGGGUAUUCUCCAUGCUCUUUUAUUCUUUCAUCAUUAUUAUUAAUAAUCUCUUUGCUAUUCUUGUUGUAUUUCCACUGCCAGCGAGUUUGCUUAAUCAACUAAUAUUAACAUCAGGAAACUAAUUUAACUGAUCUCCAUUGUUUUGGAUCUGGUUAACUUUGACCAUCUUUUCCCAUGUCUUCCCAUUCUGUUCGUUUCUUUCCCUUUUAUGGUUUUCUUUCCUUCCUAUUCUUCUUCAAAGAUUUGU